AUGGCUUCCCUGUGCCCCAGCCCCUGGCUCCCUCUGUUGAUCCCGGCCCCUACUGUGCAAUUGCUGCUAUCAGUGCUGCUCCUGGUGCCUGCCCAUCCUCAGAGCCUGUCCUGGAUGCAGGGGGAUCUCUCCUUAGGUGGAGGUUCAUCUGGGGAAGAUGAUUCACUGAGCGAGGAGGAUCUGCCCAGUGAAGAGGAUCCACUUGAAGAGGUGGAUCUACCUGGUGAGAAGACACCUGAAGUUAAUCCUGAACCAGAAGGUCCCCUGCAUUUAGAGGAUGUGCCCACUAUUGAAGCUCCCAGGGAUACUGAAGAGGCUCACAGGGAUAAAAAAGGCGAUGGUCACAGUCAUUGGCGCUACCGAGGCAGCCUGCCCUGGCCCCAGGUGUCCCCAGCUUGCGCGGGCCGCUUUCAGUCCCCGGUAGAUAUCCGCCCCGAGCUCGCCGUGUUCUGCCGCGCCCUGCAACCUCUGGAACUGCUGGGCUUUGAGCUCCCGCCAAGCCCGGAACUGAGCCUGCGCAACAAUGGCCACACCGUCCAGCUAUCUCUGCCGCAGGGGCUAACGAUGGCCCUGGGUCCCGGGCGGGAGUACCGGGCCCUGCAGUUGCACCUGCACUGGGGCACUUCCGAUCGCCCGGGCUCUGAGCACACUGUGGACGGCCACCACUACCCUGCUGAGAUCCACGUGGUUCACCUCAGCACUGCGUUCUCAGAAGUUAGCGAGGCCUUGGGGCGCCCCGGAGGCUUGGCUGUGCUGGCAGCCUUCCUGCAGGAGGGCCCAGAAGAAAACAGUGCCUAUGAGCAGUUGCUGUCACAUUUGGAAGAAAUCAGUGAGGAAGGCUCACAGACUAUGAUCCCAGGACUGGAUGUAUCUUCACUGCUGCCCUCUGACCUCAGCCGAUACUUCCGAUAUGACGGGUCCCUGACGACACCCCCCUGUGCCCAGGGAGUCAUCUGGACUGUUUUUAACCAGACAGUGAAGCUGAGUGCCAAGCAGCUGCACACCCUCUCUGUUUCUCUAUGGGCAUUUCCUGACUCCCGGCUACAAAUGAACUUCCGAGCCACGCAGCCUUUGAAUGGGCGAAUGAUCGAGGCCUCUUUCCCCGUUGUGGCAGACAGCAGCCCUGAGCCAGUCCACGUGAAUUCCUGCCUUGCUGCUGGUGACAUCCUGGCCCUAGUUUUUGGCUUCCUCUUUGCUGCUACCAGCAUUGCCUUCCUGGUGCAGAUGAGGAGAAAGCUCAGACAAAGAAGUGGGACCAAAGACGGUGUUGGCUACAGCCCAGCAGAAAUGGCAGAAACUGGAGCCUAG